AUGAUGAAGCUGUUACCAGUGCUGCUGUUGCUCGGAGUCGCGUGCUUGGCGCAUGCCCAGUUCUACGAGAACUACAAAUUGUACGAGCUCCACGUCCAGGAUAGCGACCAUGUGGACGAGCUGAACUACUGGCACGACCAGGGUAAGCUCGACUUCUGGAACCAUGCGGCCCCGAACCGUUCGGUGACGGUCAUGAUCAGCCCCCGCGAUCGUCGUCGCUUCGAGCAGAUGCUGAAGGAGGAGGACAUCGGGUUCAAGGUGAUGAUGGAGAACGUACAGGAGAUGCUGGACUCGGAGAAGGCUUGGCGUAAGGAGCAGGAGCGCAUUCGUCCCACGAACGGUGCGAUCGACUUCAACCACUUCUGGACGCUGGAUGAGAUCAACGCCUACCUGGAGAAGCUUUCGCUGGCCUACCCAAAGCUGGUGACGCUAGUUGAGGCCGGUAGGACCUCGCUGAACCGUCCCAUCAACGCCAUUACGAUCUCGACGAAGGGACGCAUCAACCAGAAGCGCCCGGUCGUGCUGAUCGAUGCUGGUCUGCAGGCACGCGAGUGGGCCUCCCACAUGGCCGUGAUGCACCUGAUCCACCAGCUGGUCGUCAACUCGGAAGCGAACCAGGAACUGCUGAAGAACACCGACUGGGUGAUCGUUCCGGUGGCGAACCCCGAUGGAUACGCUUACUCGCACGAUAUGAACCGUCUGUGGCGCAAGAACCGUUCCGCCGGUAAAACCAUCUGCCCGGGUGCUGACCUUAGCCACAACUUCCCAUUCCGCUGGCACUACACCUCGAACUCCUGCACCGAGGGUUACUCGGGCAGUGCGCCCGCUUCGGAGACGGAGACCCGUGCGCUGAUGCUGCUGAUGGCACAGUACGCCCGCAGUCUGAAGAUGUACCUGACGGUGCAUGCCUGCGGAGAGUACAUCCUCUAUCCGUACGGAUACGAUAAUGUGCAGGUUCCGAAUGCGCCGGUUCUGCAUUUCCUCGGUGAACAGGCGGCACGUGCUGCCCGUGAGGUCAGCGGUACGGUUUAUCAGGUCGGUAGUGCCGGUAGUGUGCUGACGCCGAAGACUGGCAGUGCGGACUUUGUUUACGGUAGCUACGGGGCCGAGUUUACGUACACGCUGGAGCUGCCAUGUGGCCGCGCUGGCAGUGCGUUCCUCCUCGAGACCAACCGUUUGGCUCAGGUGUCGGCCGAGGCGUUCGAGAUGUUCAAGGUGUUUGGUAAGUUCGUCGGCAGCACGACCGUUGGCCGCCCGUACGAUGCGAGCAAGGUAAAGGAUGGCAAGGUAAAGGAUACCAAAGCGGUAGGCGAGCAGGUUGACUCCUCCUCGGCUGACGAGGAAUCGCAGGAGAACGACGACGAUAGGAAUUCGGAGGAGCACGCACGCAGUCGCAGUCACAAAACAGUCGCAAUGAAGUCACUCGCCGUCGUUUGCUGUUGGUUUCUGGUGGCCGUGACCGUCGCCAAAGCCGGUUCUUACCAUGAGUUUGAGCUGUACACCGUACGACCGGAAACGCAGGAGCAGCUGAUGGAGUUGCGGCGUGGGCCGGCGGCGACCGACGUGGACUUUUGGGAUGCACCGAAGCUGAACCGCGAAUCGCGUAUGAUGGCGGCCAGAGCGGACCGGAAAGCGGUGGUCACCUUCCUCGAGCGGCACGAUAUCGACUACGAGCUGGUGGUGGAAGAUGUACAGGAACUGUUGACGAAGGAAGUGCGUCGCAACGAAGAGCAUCUGCGCCGAGUCCGUCGGGACUCCAACUCACGAGCCACGAUCGAUUUCGACCACUUCUGGACGCUGGAGGAAAUUUACGAUUAUCUGGACGAGCUGGCGGCGGCGUAUACGGGGUUGGUGCGCGUAUCAGAAGUUGGUACAACGCACGAGGGGCGCCCAAUCAAGGCUAUCACUAUCUCAACCAACGGAGAGAUCGAUCAAACGCGUCCAAUUGUCUUCAUCGAUGGUGGCAUCCAUGCUAGAGAAUGGGCCGGUGUGAUGUCGGUGAUGUACAUGAUCCACGAGUUUGUGGAACACUCGGAACAGUACCCGGGCCAGCUGACCAACGCCGAUUACGUCAUCAUUCCGGUGCUCAACCCGGACGGUUAUGUGUACACCCACGACCAGAACCGGCUGUGGCGCAAAAAUCGCAGCCAGGUCAAUGUUCUGUGCUAUGGAGUGGAUUUGAAUCGAAACUUUCCCUACCAGUGGGCAAAAACGACAACCGCGUGUACGAACAACUACGCGGGAACGGCGCACGGGUCCGAGAAGGAAACGCAAACCAUGCUGGCACUGAUGGACCGGUACAAGAGCGCCAUUCGCGUCUAUCUGGCGGUGCACACGUACGGUGAGCUUAUCCUGUGGCCGUGGGGCUAUGACUUUAUCCAUUCGGAUAAUGCGGCCGAACUGCAGCGGGUUGGUGAGCAAGCGCGCGAUGCACUGGUGGCGGCCGGUGGCCCCUCGUACUUGGUUGGCAAUUCCGCCGACAUACUGUACACGGCCUCGGGAGCGACGGAUGAUUAUGCGCACAGUCUCGGUGUGCCGUAUGCGUACACGCUCGAGCUGACCGGCGGUGGGUUGGAAGGGUUUGAUUUGCCGACUUCUGAGCUUCCGAAGGUGACGGCCGAUACGUUCGAGUUGUUUAAGGUGUUUGGGCAGCAUGCCGGUACGCUGACGGUGCCGUAAACCAUUUGCUACGCCACGGUUCCUCGUCCACGUUACUCCCAAGCGGAUUUCAUUGAAGCAAUAAAAGCGGAAGAGCGA